AUGGCGGUCGCCGAGCUUGACAUACCUCAACUUUCCACUUUCUGUGCCCUCCCUCAGACAUCCAUCAACACUAUCCUUGAUGCUCCAACGGCCGAACUCGUUCAGACAGUGCUGCGCAAUAUCUCUGCAAAGGCCAAAGAAUAUUAUGAGCUGAAAUCAGAAAGACUUCGCUCAAGCGUUGAAUUGGAAGCUACAGUACGAGGAUCAGAAACCAAGAACAAGACGCUAAAAGCCCAGCUUGCGAAAAGCGACAAUGAAGCUCGCGAAGUGAAGCAGAGGCUUCAAGAAGAAGAAACCGCACGAGCGUCAGUCGAAUCGGAGCUCCGUGAGCUUCGAACUUCAAGUUCCACUUCUGCGUCAGACUUAGAGGAACUCAAAGCUCGUGUUGACACUCUGGAAAGUACCAAUCGAGAGAAACUUUCGCUACUGGAUGCCAAGUCCAUCGCCCAUGACAACCUAGCUACUGAACUUGAAGCUCAACACCAGAAAAUCGUAGAUCUACGGAAGCAAGUCUCUACAUUAGAACAAUCACUUGAUGAAGAAAGGACUGCGUUGUCGGCAGCUAAAUUCAGGGAGGAAAAUCAAAAGUACUCCACGGAACAGCUACAAAGGAGGAACGACUACCUCGACAAUGAACUCAAAGCUAAAGCCAGCGAGCAGACUAAAUUCCGGAAGGAGAAGAGCAACCAGGUCGCUCAACUCGAGCGUGAAAAUGAGGAAUACUCGGCACAGAUUCGCCAAUUGCAGAAUACCGAAGCUAACAUUCGAAGAACGUUGGAAGAGGUCACGGAAAAGGCUGACGAGCGGUCUCAACGCAUCCUCAUCCUGCAGGAAGAAUUUCUACAGAAAGACAACAAUUUCCAGCUCGAGUUGGCUUCUGCCAAUCGUCUUGCUCAGCUACGAGAGAAUUCUGCCACAGUUGAGCGUGAAAGGGCUCAAGAUCUCUCAAAUCAGCUGGAACAGAUCAGAGAGAGAGCCACCACGGAGAUUGGACGGAUCCAGGCUGAACUCGACACCGAGCACAACACGAAGGAGGAGGCAGAGAAUAAGGUAGCAGAACUUGAAGUGCAAGUCGAGCACCUGCAAGCUGACAUUGCCAAUGUGCAUGACCGCGAGCUAGCGCCAAGCACGCCUCACAAGGGAGUCAAUGGGUUUCACGCAAUGUCUCCAGCUGCAGACGAUGGGACACCUCGAUCUUUCUCACCUGGGUCAUCGCGCUUGAAAGGUAGCUUCAGCAUGACUCGUCUUGUAAGCGAAAACAAUGAGCUUAAGCGCCAGGCAAAUGUCGAAAAACGUAGGAAUGAACAAUUAACAAGCACUAUCGACGGCUUGAUGGCCGACAUGGAAAGCCAGUCCCCUGUGAUCGAGGAUCUCAAGACGGAACAUGUUCGACUAGAAUCCGAGGUAACGGAGCUCUCUUCGUUGAUCGACUCUCUCGGCAAAGAGCGUGACCAGGCUAUCAAGGCCGCCAAAAGGCAAGAAGGGCAAGUCGAUGUCAAAAUCCAGGAGAGCGAAAUCCUCCGCCAACAGCUCCGAGAUCUCAGUUCGCAGAUUAAGAUGCUACUGUUAGAGGCACACCUUCGCGACCAAGGACAACAGGACGUUAGUGCGGAAGGGCGUGCCCAACUGCAGCAAUUGGCGCUCGGCGAUGAAAAUACAGACUUAGCAGGAGGGACGCCAACGGACCGAUUCAUUAACGAGAACCUUGUGUCAUUCCGAGAUAUUGUAGAGCUCCAGGAACAAAAUAAUAAGCUACUGACUCUGACCCGAGAGAUCGGUCAGCGCAUGGAGCACGAAGAAGUCAUGCGAAAGGAGUCGGCGGCUGCACACAACUGGGAAGAUCUACAGCAGAAAUACGAGCGAUGCAAAGACGAAAUAAAAUCGCUUGUUACCCAAUCCCAGAGCUAUAUUCGAGAGCGCGAUAUGUUCCGGAACAUGUUGGCACACCGAGGGCAGCUGCCGCGCACUAAUGAUGGUGACUCUAUACUUGGCGAGAAAACGACGACCGCCUCCGUUCAAGAUCAGCUAAUGGACAGCAUCGAAGAAAGCUCCGCCUCACAAGACAAGCCUGACUAUGCGAAGUUGCUCAGAGACAUGCAAGCACAUCUUGAUGCUUAUAGAAACGAAACAGCGACAGACCGAUCCACCAUGAAGGAGCAAGUUGACGAGCUGUCCAAGAUUAAUAAUAACCUUCGGAGUGAAGCUAUGCGACAUGGUAACCAUGCCACUCUUGUAAACGAACGCAACGAAAUGCUUCAAUCAAAUUACAAUAUGCUCAAGAACGAGAAUGUCGAGCUCCAGAAGCGAUCACAGACUUACUAUGAAAGCGCUGCAAAGCAAGAUCUACGUGUCUCUCAAGCCGCCGAGGACUUGGUCGAGGCCCGUGGCAUCAUAGACAGCAUGAGGAACGAGACUGCUAACCUCAAAGCCGAAAAAGAGUUCUGGAAGAGCGUGGAGAAGCGAAUUACCGAUGAUAACGAAAACCUGAUUCAUGAGCGUGGUCGGCUAAAUUCCCUCAAUGCUAGCUUGCAGAGUUUGCUUAACGAGAGAGAGCAUUCAGACAAUGAAAUACGACGACGACUCCAGUCCCAGGUUGAUAGUCUUGAAGCAGAUCUACAGAAGACAACGACAAGUCUUCGGGAACAGACUGAGGAGAGUAAGCGCAUUUCUUCACGGCGGGAGUAUGAGGCAGAUCAAAAUCAGAAGCGGAUUGACGAUUUUGCCACAAGUCUCAGUAGUACCAAGGAAGAACUUGCUAAGGCAAGUAAUACAAAAGAUCACCUCACCCGCCAGGUGGAUGAAUUAACAAUAGAGCUUCGAAGUGCUAAGGAACGACUUGAUGUCCUGCAGACCGCAAGUACAUCCCGAAACACCUUGGAUUCUAACGCAGACGGGGCUCAAGAUUCGACUCUCAGCCAGGAGCAGGAGCUGAGCGUCAGGGUAUCGGAGCUACAAAGAGAUUGCGACUUGUUGAAUAAAGAGGUUGAAGACUUGAAAUCCCAAGUUGAGCAGUACAAAACCAUCAGCCAGGCUUCGGAAGAUGAGCUUAACAGUUUGAACGAGACUCAAGACCUUUUGCGUCAUGACACGGACCAACUUCUCGGCGAAAAAGAUAUGAAGAUUAAAGAAUUGGAUCAAAAAAAGCAGGAUAUUGCAGCUGAGCUGACCAAUGUCAAUGCCGAAGUGGCCGAACACCGUGAUAGACAAGCUCAAAACGAAAGAGGUCUCGAAGAGCAACGGAAGAAUUUUGAGAACCAAUUAGCGCAGGUGAAGGAUGAGGACGAGCGUCAUGCUGCGCAGGCCAAGUACUACCAGGAAGACCUCAAGAAACAAGCGGAAAUUGCUCGAGAAGCUCAAGAAAAUUACGAUCGGGAGCUUGUUAAGCAUGCCGACGCAAGGAAAGACUUGCAGCAAAUCCGAGCCGACCUCAAUGGUGUCAAGAUUGAAUUGGUAGAAGCAAAGACAACUGCUGAGACAGCGCGAUUGAGCCUUAGCCAGAACGAGGAGAGUUGGACUGAUACAAGCGACCGCUUGCAAAGGGAGAUUACAGAGCUCAGGUCGGCGAGACAGGACCUCAAAGUCCAGAAUGAUCGACUACAUCAACAGCUUGAGACUCUGACGGCAGUUCGAAAGCGUGUCGUCGAUGACCCAAAUCAAACCGAGGAUAUCUCAGCAAACGCCGGAUUGGAAAACUUGCAGGAGGUUGUCAAAUAUCUUCGACGCGAAAAAGAAAUCGUGGAUGUUCAGCUUGAAGUUUCGUCCCAAGAGGGAAAACGGCUUAAGCAGCAACUAGAUUAUAACCAGUCGCAGUUGGAUGACACGCGCCUGAAGUUGAACCAGCAACGUCGAACAGAGGCAGAAAGCGAACGCUCUUCUCUCGACCACAAGAAACUCUUGGAGACAAUUCAGGACCUAAAUACUCACCGUGAAUCAAAUGUAACGCUUAGAGCCGAGGUCCGACAGGCCCAAAGCGGUCUUGCUGCCAGGUCAAAAGAAUUAGAUGAGCUGAGAGUGCAAUUAGAUCCUCUCAAGGAGGAAAUACAAGAUCUGAAAGGCGAGCGUGAGACUCAUGAGGCAGAGGUCAAGUUACACAAGGAGAACGCCGAUCGCUGGCAGGAACGAGCCCAGAACGUCCUCCAAAAGUAUGAUCGUAUCGAUCCUGCGGAAUUAGAGGCUCUCAAGGAGCAGAUCAAAGCUCUGGAAAUUGAAAGGGAAAAGCUACAGUCAUCGAAUCAAGCCUUACAAGAACAACUUGACGCAGCGAGAGGCCAGGCUACUGAGGCGCAAGAACAAACCACUGAGCGUGUUGAAACCAUGAGAGCUCGACUGACGGAGCAAUUUAAAGGUCGGUCGAAGACACUCUCGGACCGCAUCAAAGAGAAAGAUAUAACUCUAAAGGAGGCCGCAAUUGAGAAGCAAAAUCUUGUAGAACGCUUGACUGGCCUUUCAGAGCUACAGAAUCAAUUAGAGACAACAAAAGCAGAAAGGGAUGACGCCAUCAAGAAGGCAGAAGGGACAAAAGAUGUGUCUGCUACUAAAGCACAUACUGAAGGAGAAGAGGGUGAAGUGGACGAGGCUGAGGACCGCGAUCAGCCUAGAACCACGACUGACGCAAUCCAAAUCAAACUUCAGUCUACGGAGGCAAGGCUCAAUCAAGAGCUAGCUAGUCUAGCAAAUGUUCGAGAUGAGCUUUCCAUUUCAGAAGCAAGAGCGACAGAACUUCAAGCGCAGACUAGAGAACUUCAAACGACUAUUAAUCAAAUGGACACACAGAUAUCCCAGCUUCGAGAGUUGCAGAACAGACCGUCUGAAACUUCCAAUGUUGACGGUUUGGAGGCUCAAGUGACUAAAUUGAAGGAAGACCUUGUAUUGGCUCAAGCCGUCAACGCGUCUGCUGAUAAUGUGAACAUAUCAGAUGGAUCUAAAUCAAUUGCCGAACAAGUAUCAGAGCGUGCAGAUAUAGUACGCCAGGAAUUGGAGCGCCAACACCAAGAGAGUGUAAAAGCCAGCCAAGAGAAUUAUGAGAAACGUGCCACCAACAUGAAAAGCCAACUGACCAAGAAGUUGGUGGAAGGGAAAGCGCAGAUUCUGAAAGAUGCCGUAGCGGAGCACGAAAAGACCAUGCAAGCUUUGAGAGAUGACCACCAGCAAGAAUUAGAGAUCCUCCGGGUGAAAUACGAGGGCGAGAUAAAAGCACUUAAAACGUACGAGGGAGUCGGAUCAUCAGAGCAGCAAGGACCAUCGGCAGAGCAGAGUGUUGAGACGCCCGUCAAGGAAACCGUGGCAUUGAAAGCAGAAGAGCGACCUAGUGUAGCAAAUUGGAAACCGACAGAGGAAGAAGCUCGAUCAUUUGUACAAUCCAACGAAGUCAUCAGAAGCAUCCUCAGGGCUAACAUCUCGAACCAAGUCAACAAGCAAAAGGAGGCCUUGGUGAAAUCGACGAGAGAGGAGCACGAAAAACAUCUAACAGAACGACUGGCGGAAGUUCAACAAGCGGCCGAAGCUGCCAAAAGCUUAGCAAUUAAGAAUGAAUUGGAUCUGUAUGACAAAAAGAAGGCGGUCCAGCUUAAUGCGGCCAACAAUAGAGAAAAAUCAUCCCAGUUCAAGCUCCAAAUGGUUGGUAAAGCUGCCCAGGAUACUCCUCAGAAAGCGGUGAAGGAUGUUUGGGAUACGGUGAAAGAUGCAAAGCCUCCUCCGGCUACGAUGACGCAAACGCAGCAAGCUGCUCCUCAAUCAAACCCUUUCGCUCGACCGGUUUCAGGAACACAAGGCUCAACGGCUUCUCAACCAAAGCUCCAACAGCCUAGCGUCAAUCGUCAAUCGACAAACACCAGUGCCGUCAUUCGACCAAAUCAAUCUCAACCUCCUCCUCAGCCGUCUUCGCAAAGCACACGUCAGUCUAGCGGUAAGGGCACUGCUACAGCUUCCGGUAUAUUCGGUCAGCCAACCCCACUGCGACAGUCGCCUCAGCCCCCCUCACCUAAACCGCAGCCGCAAUCAGAAGCUCAGUCGGCAUCAAACGAGCCGUCGGCCAAGUCUUCGCAGCCUCCCAUCAAUGCUGACACUUCUCAGAGGCAGCCAUCUAGGGGACCUAGUCAAGCAAAUGCAGGUGCACCGAACGCUCCCUCAAGAUCUCAGCAAUCAGGGCUACCAGUGGCGAGGGGUGGGACCAUCCGCGGGAGUUCGCGAGGCCGAGGAACAUCCGGUAUUGGCCGUGGAGGUCCAACGGUGGAUACUAAUAGAGCUCAAGGCCAGCCGGCAAGUCGUGGUAGCCCAAAUAGUAGUGGGCUGAAUGCAGGUGCAAAACAGUUCGUUCCUGGGAACAAGAGGCCGCGAGAGGAUUCACAGGGUCCGCAAGGUACAGAUGGGUCAGGAAAGAGAGUCAAGGAAAGGCAACCCACAAGCUCGAGGCCGCCAACGCGCUACAGCCCCGAUGCACUGAUACACCCCACCAUUUCCCUGACGGGCAAGCAUCAGAUCACGGUCGGGCCCAAAGCAAUCCUUCAACUUCGCUCACACAUCGAUUCAACGUACACCUCAAUUAGCAUAGGGGCAGGUGCCAUCUUAGCCGAGCGUGCUAGUAUAGGGUAUCUCUCCCCUCCCACGCUUUCUUCGGGGUCUCCGCCUGCAGAAACCAUUGUCAUCGGCGACGGUGUCCUUAUCGAGACAAAUGCCACCGUCGAAGCAGCUUCAGUGGGAGCAUAUACAGUCGUAGAGGCGAGAGCAAAAUUAGGGAAAGGAGCGCUCAUAGGGGCCAACUGCAAAAUCUGCUCUUCAGUAGAGAUCGCGCCUGGGGAGGAAGUGGGGGAUGGGACAAUAGUGUGGGGCAGCGGGAGCUGGUCGGAAAGGAGAGCAGAGCCUUCAGGCAGAGGAUUGCAUGCUCCAACUCUGAGGAAAGGGAUGGUCGAGGCUUUGGGGGAGGGGUUAAGGGCCGCUUGGAGCGUGAAGUAG